ACGCGUUACCUUUAGUGUGAAGGCGCUUACAGGAAAUGGACGUCCGUGUUACUGGUCCCUUGAUGAUGGCGGCUGCGCAACUGUUGCACAGCGGACCUUGAUUAUUUCACAACUCCUGGAGGUUUCCAGAUGUCAGGGUAAAAGAUGUACGGCCAAACGGGUUUAUCCGAGUGCUUGCGGGAAUGGAAGGAUUUAGAAAAAGACUACCAACAAAUUCAGGACGCCCAUCGUCUGUACAAGCAGAAGCUGGAGGAGGUGACAAAACUCCAGAACAGCUGUUCCACUGCAAUCUCACGUCAGAGGAAGAAGCUGAGAGAGCUGGGUGUGUCGCUGGAAGGAUGCAAAGAAAACCAGCCGAAUCCCAGGUUAAGCCAAGAAGACCAGGACUCCAUUUCUGAAAUUGAGGACUCCAUCAGGGACAAAACCAGUGCCUUCUCUGAGAUGGAAGCUUUCCUGCCUAAGAAAAAUGGGUUGUAUCUCAGCCUUGUUUUAGGAAACGUCAAUGUGACACUCCUCAACAAACAGGCAAAGUUUGCCUACAAAGAUGAAUAUGAGAAGUUCAAGCUGGUCCUCACCGUCAUCCUCUUUAUGUUCUCCUUCACGUGUCGCUUUUUGUUCAGCUACAGAGUCCUGGACGCGCUGUUUAACUUCCUGUUGGUGUGGUACUACUGCACACUCACCAUCCGGGAGAGUAUUCUCAUCAGCAAUGGCUCAAGGAUCAAAGGUUGGUGGGUUUUCCACCACUAUGUGUCAACGUUCUUGUCUGGAGUCAUGCUCACUUGGCCCGAAGGCACCCUCUACCAAAUGUUUAGGAACCAGUUCUUAUCCUACAACCUCUACCAAAUAGGUUUCGUCCAGUUUCUCCAAUACUACUACCAGAGUGGCUGUUUGUACAGACUCCGAGCGCUGGGAGAGAGACACAACAUGGAUCUAACAGUCGAGGGUUUCCAGUCCUGGAUGUGGAGAGGCCUCACCUUCCUCCUACCUUUCCUGUUCUUUGGACAUUUCUGGCAGCUCUACAACAGCAUAACACUCUUCAGGAUGUUCCAGCUCCCAGAGUGUAAGGAGUGGCAGGUCGUAAUGUGCGGUUGCUCCUACAUGGUGCUAUUCUUGGGGAACUUGUUCACCACACUGAGAGUGGUGUACCAGAAAUACAUGAUCAACCAGGACAAGCCCAAGAAGGCGUAGCUCCGCAUUAACCGACCGGACGAACUCACCCCCCCAAAAAAACGCCCCUUGUUCACACAACCGAUAAUGUGAAGUCUGCGGUUUUUUUUUCUCUGUAUUUCUUUAUUUUUAAUUUUCCGACCAAGGCCAUUUGCCCACAGCAUCAGCGUCCUUUAGUUUUCAGGUAUUUCCCUUGCUGUAGCCACUAUAACAGGAUUGCUGCUGUGUGAAUGUCCUCUCUAUGAGCGCGGGUCAGUGGGAUUGUCCAUCUCAUUCAGGAAUGUAUAACUUUGCUAAGAACGUGUUUUGAGAAAAAGACCAUUUUACUUGAAUGAUGUUU